AUGGCCCCCAGCAAGACGCGCACCCCUUCUCUACCCGCGCCCGCCCAUGUUGCGGCCAUCGCCCCGUUCCCCGGCACCACAUUCGCCAAGUCUCACCCCACCACACUGCUUCCUUCGCCAGCCGACAUCAGAGCACGCAACAAAGCGACUGGCCAUCCCAAGGCAAAUAACGCCAACCGACCUCCGCCAGUCAGCGUCCCCGAGCUCGGGCUGCUCGUCAAGUAUGGGACCAAGGUCACGCGGACCGAGGUCGAGACCCAGCGCUACGUCUACCAGCAGCUGCGGGGCCGCGUCCCGGUGCCCGAGGUUAUGGGCUGGGCCGAGGACGCCGGCCAGGGCUUCAUCUACAUGGCCCUGGCCAACGCCCCGACCCUGGCGGCGCGCUGGACCCGCCUGACAGAGCCUGAGAGGCAGGUCAUCUGUAGAGAGCUCAAGGGCAUGGUGCAGAUGUGGAGGAGCCUGAAGCAGGAUCCGAGAGAGGUCUACAUUGGAGCUGUUGGCAAACGGCCGCUCAACGACAUUAUCGUGAAAGACAGAAGCCACCUCUACGGCCCCUGGCCAGGAAGCGGUGCGGUGCGAGCCUUUCAGAGCGCCUGCGACAUUGACAUCGCCGGCCAGAUACCCAUCAUCUUCACUCACGGCGAUCUCGUCGCCUGCAACAUCCUCGUGACGCAGGGGCCAAACCCAAGGGUCGCUGCCGUCAUUGACUGGGCCCAGGCUGGGUGGUAUCCGUCGUACUGGGAGUGGUGCAAGGCGAAAUGGGUCAUGAUGACUGACGACAACAUGGAUGACGCCACGCAGGAGCAAUGGCGGCAGCGCUACCUACCGCUGGUGGUCGAGCCGCUUCCUGACAAUACCGUCUACUACCCAUGGCUUCGGUUUUCGCUUGCUAAUUUCUAA